UUCAUUCAUUCUUCGCUCCUGAGUGGACCAACAACUACAACAAUCACAAUGUCUAGACGCAGUGGUCGCCUCACAUUGCAAGCCAGGGACGAAAACGCACAGGAACAGAGCACCGCGGUUACAUUAAGGAAAAGGAAAUCUGAGCCUUCAAACAAGAAGAAGCUUCAACCUGCUGCUAAGAAACAAAGUUAUGAAAUACAGAAUUGUUGGUCGGAAGAGGGCAGCAGUCCCUGCAUCCUCAUCGAGACGCCACACAAGGAGAUUGAGGAACCGGCCGACCGGUCGGCUUUCAAACAGUACCGCUUCCAGAACCUUUUCAUCAACCCUUCGCCUAUACCCUGUCUGAGUUGGGCCAGCUCGGACGACGUGUGGAUCAAGAUGCUCAACAAAGAGCUGAAGUAUGUCCACGACAAGAGCUACCUCGAGCAGCACCCCAAGAUGCAGCCAAAGAUGAGGGCCAUUUUGCUAGACUGGCUAUUUGAGGUGAGCGAGGUGUACUGUCUACACCGGCAGACGGCCUACUUGGCCCAGGACUUCUUUGACCGCUUCAUGCUCACACAAGCCGACGUCAACAAGGAGUACCUUCAGCUAAUAGGCAUCACUGCACUCUUCAUCGCCUCCAAGAUUGAGGAGAUCUACCCUCCCAAGGUGCAUGAGUUUGCCUACGUAACGGACGGAGCUUGUGACAUGUGGGACAUUCAGCGAACGGAGCUCAUCGUACUAAAGGCGUUGGACUGGAAGCUGUGUCCAGAGACGCCCAUCACCUGGCUGAAGCUCUACUCCCAGGUGGAGGCCCAGAAGAGCGAUGAGAACUUCCUUGUGCCCCAGUUCUCUCAGGACACCUACAUACAGAUGACACAGCUGUUGGACCUGUGCCUCAUGGACAUCAGCUCUCUGGACUUCUCCUACAGUAUCCUGGCAGCUGCUGCCUUCUACCACUUCUCCGACUUCAGUGUGGUCCACAAAGUAUCAGGUCUGUCAUGGGACAACGUACGCCCGUGUGUGAGCUGGAUGCGUCCCUUCAUGGACACGCUGCGAGAGCUGCCAAAAGCCGAGCUCAAAACCUUUACCAAAGUCAAGUCUGACGACCGGCACAACAUCCAGACUCACGUCGAUUACCUCGAUCUCCUGAAAGACGCCCAGGAGAGACAGAUCGACACCACAGACUGCCACCAGUCGCCCGUCUCCAUAGAUCUCCUCUUGACCCCACCCAGCAGCACAGAGAAACCAACCAAUCCCUGAAUUCGUUAUACAGUACGACUAGAGGCUAGAUUGCACGAUACAAUUAGAGAGACAGCCCCUUCUCUCAUUCGCAUUGAGGGCAUUUAGCAGAUGCAAAAUUCUCACAAAGACCAAAAGGAUAAAUUCUGGUUGCAUAUGAGCUGUGUAAUGUGUGGGUAGUACAUUUAUACCUGCCUUCUAAAUUCACUAUUUUUUCACUUCUUUAUAUGAUUAUACUUCAGAUGGGCCUAUGGAUAAACCAUAUUUGACCCUUUGACCGACAGUUAUUAUUGUUAAUUUACCUGCCUCAUGGCAGCUGAGCCAAUUAUUAUCCACAAACUGCAAAAUACAAGCGCGGAAAGCGGCCAAGGACAAAUACUUAUUGCCCUGCUUUAAAUGGCAUGAAAGAAAACAACUGUAUUGCCACUGGAGCCCAUUAGUGUGAAUGGAGAAGGUUACUGCUCAAAUCCUUUUCAGUGCCAAUGCGGCAGGCCAUGGUGUCAGUUCAGUUCAGACAUUUUCAGUUUGAAAGUUUGAAAUUGAAGUGGUUCUUUCACCGAUGCACAGUUCAAGGACUCAACCGGUGCCGUUUUGCUUUGGUGAAAUGAGUUUGUUGAGGACUUGAUGGUAUGAACUAAAUGAUUCAGAGACUACUCUGAAAUGAAAAGCUAAAUCCUAGAAUGCCUGGGCUUUGAAAUGGCUUGUCACCAAAUGCAGUGAAUGUUAUUUAGUGAUUACUGCUGCUGACCUGAAGCGAGGGUGAGGUUUAACUUAUUUUGGGACAGAAAUAACUUUCUAGAAUAGGUGUGUUGUGAGUCUUACCUGCUCAUCCAAAUACAAAAGUUUGGUGCUGAGAAUUUAAUUUUUAAUGUUGCAACGUGGGUUGCAUUCCUGUGAAACUUGACCUGCAUAGCCUUACAACAGUGCAGAAUAUUCUGUUUUGUCUAGGGUUUGUAUUCAUUCUUGUAUUUAUUUUUAUAAGCCUUUGUAUUGUACAAUGUCAUGUUCAUAUGUAAAGAGAAAUAAUACGGCAACAAAUGAAUUAAUUUUUGUUUCUUUCCUAAUCAUUGCCAAAGGCAAACACUAUUUAUGAUUCCCUUGUAGUUGGCGCCACAUGAUGUGUGUGUGAAGAUCAGACAUACGUUUGACUAGUUUAGGUGUUAAAAUGUCCGCCUUGGCGAGCCAGUUCAAGGUGCCUUAAACAUGCUGAUCCCACUUGGUUGAAGCUCGGCCAGCUGGCCAGACCCCCCUUGACUGGAGUCUGCAAACCCUGUAUGGACUACAGUGAACAAAGAACAAUGUCAACUGUAUGUAGAUUACAAAUUGUGUAUUUGUAAAUACAGUAAUUAUUUUUUCCUCAACAUUUGUCAUAUUUUAAUGAAAUAAAAUAUAAAUUGA